UUCUAUCCCGGUGCCCUAUGUGGCGAGUGUGUGACUUGAAACACGUAAGAGAUAGGCGGCCACGUCGUCUUUGCCUUUCUGAUCGGUGCUCUUAAAACGGGAGGCCAAAAUAAAAAACAAACCCUCCUGAGAUAAAGAAAACAAAAAUUACAACAGGAGUUGGGGGGUAAACCUCGACGAAAGAGGCAACAGCAGCUGAUGGGCAUUCAGUUGGUUGCGACCGCGGCGACUCGAAUGUGGACCCGAAACGUUUGCCUCUGAAAACAUUCGAAUUUUUUCUUAUUAUUAUUUUUAUUUUUUUUUUCAAAUUCUGAAUAUCCAAAGUGAGUCUGGUUCGCUUGUGGUCCAGUGUGUCGUGUGCUGCCCGAUUGCAAUGGUUUUUGCAACUUUUCUUUUGAAUAAUGGAAAAGAGUAAAAGUUGAACAAAUUCGUCUUACGAUUGGAGAGAAAAACCAGAAAAAAGGUAGACACAACACAUUGAUGAAAGAUUUGCGCGCCCGGGGAGCUACUUGUACUUUUUUCAGUUGUUGCUGGGCCACACCGAUACCAUCACGCUAGCAAAGACGGACUCAUCAGUCAACUCUUUUCCCGCUCUCUAUCGGCCCUAAUUUUAUCCAAUUUUGUUUUGUUUGAUUGUUUUACGCUCUCUGGCCAGCAGUGGUGGCGUGUCCAGCAAUUGCUUCCGAGCGGCAUUGACGGAUCGAAAUCAACAACAAAAAACCGAUCCAUUUCCUUGCGUGCGGUCUCAAUAGAAGAAAGUGUGUUUCCAAUUCGAUUUUUGGACGUUGAGGCACAAAAGGAAGAGACUUUUUGGCUACAGGCGAAAACAAUGGCCGGACAAUGGAACAGCAGCUGCUGGAAAUGGCUCCUAUACCUUUCCGUGUUGUUGGCCAUUUUGGCUGAAUGCGAAGGCCAACAACAACAGCAGCAGCAGCAAGUACAGCGGCAAGGGCAGCAAAGACAACGUCCGAUCAGGGAUGGAACUCGUCGCCAACGAAGACAUCGAACGGACAAAGCCAAACUGAUCCAGCAUUACCUCAAGAAAAACGGCCGAUUGGAAGGAAUGGUCCGUCUCGUUGAUGGUGUCCAUGCCAACGAAGGGAACGUUGAAAUUCUACAUUCGGGCAAAUGGGGAUCGAUUUGCGACGACGAAUGGGAUCUACGUGAAGCGACGGUUGUCUGUCGCGAGCUGGGCUUUUCCGACGUCGUCCUAGAAACGCACAACUCCAUGUACGGUCCUGCCAGGUAUCCGUUUUGGAUGGACAACCUCUACUGCGUCGGCAGUGAAAAUAACUUGACGAAUUGCCGGUUCGACGGUUGGGGUAUCAGCGAUUGCGAAGACUCGGAAGCCGCUGGCGUCAUUUGCAAACCUGGCCCCAUAUCCAAAUUGAGCGUUGCAACAACAACAACGACGACGAUGAGUCCGACGACGACGACAACGACAACAACAACGAUGAAGACAAUAUCAAAUAGUAGCGAUGGCAGCGCUGGCGAUGCAUCGGUGACGAAACGUUUGCAACAAGAUAUGGCUCCAGCUAUGCGCAUCAAGGAUGUUGUGGGCAGUAAAAGCAAGAUCCGAUUACGAGGCGGCCGUUCCAAGGAGGAAGGACGAGUUGAAGUGAAAAUCGACGCCAACGAUUGGGGACUGGUUUGCGGCGACGGUUGGAGUUUAUUUGAGGCCGGCGUCGUGUGUCGCGAACUGGGACUGGGCUACGCGCAAAACGCUUUGCAGACAGACUUUUUCGGAGGCAAUCGCAGUUCGCUGGCCCUCAGCGGCGUCCGCUGUCACGGAUCGGAGAAAUCUCUCAUCGACUGUCUGCACGAUCGUUUCGGCGCCGUCAGCUGUCCAGGCGCCGCCAACAACAUCGCGUCCGUCGUCUGCGCUUCAGAAAUGGCUGAUUUGGUACCGGACCAACACGAAAUGAUGCGGACGGCUCAUUUGGAGGAUCGCCAAUUAUUCUUCUUGCAAUGCGCCAUGGAGGAGAAUUGCCUCGCUGCGUCGGCCUAUCAAAUCCAAAAGGACGAUCCGUACGGUUGGCACCUGGAAACCCGGCGUCUCCUUCGAUUUACGGCCCGAAUCGCCAACAUGGGCACGGCCGAUUUUAAGCCGUUCAUUCCCAAGCACAUGUGGGAAUGGCACGCCUGUCACAUGCACUACCACAGUAUGGAAGUGUUUGCCCAUUUCGACAUCAUCAAUUCGUACGGCGUGAAAGUAGCCGAGGGCCACAAAGCCUCUUUCUGCCUAGAGGACAACCAGUGCACUCACGACACGCAGCCCGUCUACAAGUGCGCCAACUACGGCGAUCAAGGCAUUUCCGUCAACUGCACCGACACCUAUCACCACAACAUCGAUUGCCAGUGGAUCGAUAUUACGGACAUUGAUCCCGGCAUCUACACCUUCAAGGUGGUGAUUAAUCCGGAAUUCAAAGUGGCCGAAAUGUCGUUCGAUAAUAACGCUGUCGUCUGCACGCUCUACUACGGACAACAAUACGCCACGCUCUUCAAUUGUUCACUCCAACGUCCUUGAAAAUGUCUUUUGCAGUUGUUUUGUUUGUUUUAUUUGUUUUUUUUUAGUUGAAAAAUCAAAGAGGAAAGAAAAGAAAAAAUCUGAAAUGGAAGCGCUGCGCCAUCAGCUGUUUCCGGUGCUCGUCCAAAAACAACAGUUUCGUUUCCGAGAAAGACGGAACAAACGGAAAUGAGAUGUCAAAUAACUAGCGCACGCCCCUUAAUUGUAGCGCACCUUUAUUUCAUUUGGCGCUACAAGAAUUUAAUUAUACAACGUUAAUCAAAGAAAUUGUUGUUAUUGGUUCGGCUGCCUUUUUUAUAUUUGCAAUUUGCAUGCGUCGCGUAAUGCGCGCGUAGUUGAUGCAAACAUUCUUUUGAUUUGAUUCGUUGAAUUUUGUCUUUAUAUUUUUGACUUUAAUUAAUGACGAUGUUUCGCCGCAAUGUGUUCUAUUCUGGCCGAUGAGUUUCCAUUGGCGCCAAUGUUGUCUACUUUUUCGAAAAGUCUUUUCUGUUCGCUAAACAAUUUGUUUCAAUGUGUUCAUUAUUAUUGUCUGCAACUAUCGAUCGUCUCCCAGGAUGCAAGGCGACGCGUUUAAGAACAAUCGUCGUCUUUCUCAUUUCGCCAACGAGAGAAACCAAUCGAUUUCUUGUUCUUUCAAAUUAUUUCGCGAUUUGAACGCGUCGAAUGACGUCCGUUUUUUUUUGUGCCAACUUUUUCUUCUUCAUUAGGCUUGUUCUAACUACCUUUUGCGUUGUAUUCAAAUCCCGCGCCGUAUGACGUCUUUUUCAAUUUAGGAGACAACAAUGUUCAUGUUUCAUUGUCGUGCUGUGUAGACGACAAAUACACGCAUCGUCUUCUCUUCUCUUU